AUUCCAUCCACGACCUGACAAUAAUUUUAGGUCUUGUACCUGAUAUCUGUGCACUUUUUGGUUCAAUUCAUUCUUAAGUAUUUCCUACGGUCAGAGGUCAAUUCAACUUGAAACAUGUGCUGGGCAACUCGUCUCCUCGCCUGGCCUUAAAAGAUUGAGCACUUUAUGUACUGAUGGAUUAUCGGAGGUUCAUGUCAUGUUGCAAAAGACCUGCAGGAAUUUUGCUGAUGGAGAGCUCAAGCCGAAUGCAGCCAAAUUUGAUAAGGAACAUUUAUACCCUAAAGAUCAGAUUAAAACGAUGGGUGAAUUAGGACUAAUGGCAUUAAAUGUUCCGGAAAAAUAUGGUGGAAGUGGUUUAGAUUAUCUUGCUUAUGCUAUUGCAAUGGAAGAAAUUUCUAGGGGAUGUGCUUCUGCUGGAGUUAUAAUGAGUGUUAAUAAUUCACUUUAUUUAGGCCCAAUUUUGGCCUUUGGCAGUGAAAAACAGAAAGAGGAAUUCAUUAGCCCAUUUGUUGAUGGGACUAAAGUAGGUUGCUUCGCCCUCAGUGAACCAGGCAAUGGUAGUGAUGCAGGUGCAGCUUCCACCAAUGCAAAACGCAAUGGAAACGCUUGGAUCCUUAACGGGACAAAAUCAUGGAUAACGAACGGUUAUGAAUCAGAAGCGACAAUUGUAUUUGCAACAACUGAUAAGUCAAAAAAACACAAGGGAAUAAGUGCAUUUCUAACGAAAAAGCCAGUUGAUGGUUUGUCUCUUGGUAAAAAAGAAGAUAAACUUGGCAUCAGAGGUUCAUCCACAUGUAAUCUAAUUUUUGAAGAUUGUGAAUUACCUGAAGAUAGUGUAGUAGGAAGUGAAGGCAUGGGUUUCAAAAUUGCUAUGAUGACAUUGGAUUCUGGACGAAUCGGUAUCGCUAGCCAGGCUUUAGGCAUUGCUCAGGCUUCGUUAGAUUGUGCAGUUGAAUAUUCCAUGAAGAGAAAUGCUUUUGGAGCACCGAUUGCAAAGUUGCAAGCUAUCCAGCAAAAAAUUGCGGAUAUAUCUUUGAAAAUUGAGUCUGCACGACUGUUGACGUGGAGGGCAGCUCAGCUAAAGGACAAAGGGCUAAAAUACACAAAGGAAGCUGCAAUGGCAAAACUGGCAGCCUCAGAAGCUGCAACGUUCGCUUCUCAUCAGUGUAUUCAGGUUUUAGGAGGAAUGGGUUAUGUAAGUGAAAUGCCUGCUGAGAGACACUACAGAGAUGCUCGCAUCACUGAAAUUUACGAGGGAACUUCCGAAAUCCAACGUUUAGUAAUUGCAGGAAACGUGUUGAAAGAAUAUGGAUUCUAAAUUACUCAACUUAAAUUUUUUAUUUAUCCAUCCUGUUAUAGCAAAUCUCUCUUAAAUCGUUUUGUAAUUUUUGCACUAGUAUUAUGUUAAUGCACGUAUGUUUAAUUAAAAAACCUCUCAAAGACUGAAAGAUAUGUGAUUUAAUGUUCAAGGUUUAAACAAUAUAUUUUUAAUAUUUUAAUGCAUA